AUGGCUGUGGCAAAUGGCUCAAUAGUGAUGGAAUUCAUACUCUUGGGGAUAACAGGAGAGCCUGACCUCCAAGUACCCCUCUUCUUACUCUUUCUAGUAAUAUAUCUGGUAACCACAUUAGGAAAUUUGACCUUGAUCAUUCUAAUGGUGCUGAACUCUCACCUUCACACCCCCAUGUACUUUUUCCUCUUUAACUUGUCCCUCAUAGACCUCUGCUAUUCUUCAGUGAUUAUACCCAAAAUGUUGAUGAACUUCUUAGUAAAGAAGAAUGUUAUCUCUUACGCGGGGUGCCUGACUCAGCUCUACAUUUUUUGCUUGUUUGGCAUUUCUGAAUGUUACGUGCUGACAGCAAUGGCCUAUGAUCGCUACGUGGCUAUCUGCAAUCCACUCUUGUAUAACAUUGCUAUGUCCCUUAAGGUGUGCUUCUAUCUUAUGCUUGGAUCAUAUUUUAUGGGAUUUUCUGGAGCCACGAUCCACACUGGUUUCAUGCUUCGACUGACCUUCUGUGAUGGGAACACCAUCAACCAUUACUUCUGUGACAUCCGCCCUUUACUGCAGCUCUCCUGUACCAGCACUUACAUCAAUGAGAUGGAGCUGCUCAUUGUAGCAGGAAAAGACAUCAUUGUGCCCACAGUCAUCAUCUUUACAUCUUAUGGCUUCAUCCUUUCCAGCAUUCUCAAAAUAAAUUCAACUGAAGGCAGGUCCAAAGCCUUCAGCACUUGUAGCUCCCACAUAAUUGCUGUUACUCUGUUCUUUGGAUCAUGUGCAUUUAUGUAUCUAAAACCCUCCUCAGCUGGGUCUAUGGAUCAGGGAAAAAUAUCUUCUGUCUUUUAUAACAUUGUGGUCCCCAUGAUGAACCCAUUAAUCUACAGCCUUAGGAACAAAGAUGUUAAAAUUGCUCUGAAAAAAACUCUAACCAAA